AGGGCAACCGCCCUGCUGCUGCGCCUUUCCUUCUCGACCGACGUUUUGCCGUAGAGAGAGCGACGGAUCGGGCCGGGCACGGGGAGCGUUGUGCUGUGCGCUGACAGCGGGUAGAGGCGUUUAUUUUCAGUUCUUUCGCAGCCGUGCUGCGGGUUUGUUCCGGUUGCCGCCUCUCGUUGUCACCCUUUUGCUUUUCAGGCCGGCUCUGUCAAGUUGCAGUUCUGCUUAGAUUACAUCUGUACCCCAUCCAAGUGACCGCCUUUGUGCUUCCAGGGCUGAAAUUGUAAGUUCUGCUGUCGCUGAUGCCUCCGAGCAGCAGACGGUGCUUCAGUGUUAAAAAGUGGAACGAAGCAGUUCUUUGUUCAGCAUUGCUUCGAGGUUUAAGUUCUGUGUGUUGGUUUGAAUCACCUUGCAGGUCUAAACGCGUGUUUGUAGAGAAGGAAUUGUCCCUUUCAGUUUGUUUUCUGGCUGGGUUCGGUUUGUACCACCUGUAGCCCUUGGUAGAGGAGUGUCUUUUUUGGCAGGAAAUAUCCGAACCUCACAGGUGACCCAGGGCUGCACGGAGCUGGGAGCUGAGGGUGCUGGGCUCAGGGCUGCGGGUCGCCUGGGAUGAGGAAAAGAGGCCAGGAGGGCCCAGAGCUCCACACUGAACCCGAGUUUAAGAAUUCAGGAAAGGAUUUGGGCGCGCUUUGCUGCUUUUAAUUUUAGAAAAGCUGCGUCUGCGAGGAAUUGCCUGCAGGCUGAAGAGAUAAUUAAUUUGGGAAUUGUGCAGCACGGGUGAAAUAUUGAAAGGUCUCUUCUGAUUUUACGUGGCUUUACGUCUGGCAAGGACGGGGUUCAAGGGCAGAGCUCUGUAGCUGUGAGCCCGGAAUGCAGCGGAUGAAGUUGGCGCUGAAUUUUUAACUCGCACUUGUUGGCUUGGGGACGUGAUGGCUGCAGCAGUUCUUAAGUGCAGAAACACCCCCACUCUCCUAAAACACCACUUUGUCCCAUCCAGCCCAGGCCUGGGUUGUGGCCUGAGCGCUUUGCUGUCAUUCAGGCAGCUGAGACCAACGAGGAAAAAUACACGGGUGUUUCCUACUCUCUGCAUUUCCCUUUCAUUCCCACUGCAACACUGCGGUUGACUGGGAGGUCUGGUGGGAGGUGUUAAACAAUCCCCCCUUGUUAAGGGGUUUUGUGCUUGAAUUAAACUGUGGUUUAAGAUGAAAGUUGGUGGACGCUCGAUGAAUGGGGGCCGUUCCUCCUGCCGGCAUCGAUGCCGUGGUCCCAAAUCUUGGUAAUAAUCCCCUAAGGAGGGCAUUGCCUACAAGAGCGUGGGGCUCUCGGUGGUGCUGCGAGGUGAAUUGUUUGCCCGGGCUAUAAAUAAAAAGCUAUAUUUGGAAGAAUAAAAAAAAAACAAACAACAAAAAAUAGAGUCUUUAUGGGCAAAAUUGCACCGAGGGAAACGCGAUGGAAAAUUUGAGUCAGAUGAGCUGAUGUGUGAGGCAUUUCCCUGUGGGGUCACUGGGCUGAAAAAUGUUUUGUGUGCCUAAAGUUGAGCAGAUGUGUGUGCUGAGCCCCCAGCCUGGCAGCCGCCGUCCUCGCCGUAUCGCUGUGCUUCGCUGACGCGCAGAGCUGCUGUGGUGCGUUUGCUGGGGGUGUUCUGGGUCAUCCCGGUGCUCAGCACGUGCCUGCUGUCAGCAGGGCUGCUUUCAGGCUUUAAAUUAGGCGUGUGCUCAGACGAGUCGCCGAGCUGGGAUUGAUGGCUUUGCACAGGAGUGAAGGGAUUUCUCCCAAUUGGCUUUCUUAGAUGAAAAUCGCCCAGGUCUUCCAGCGCUGUGCCUAAAUAAGGGCACGAUACCAGCUUUCAGCUCUUACGGAUAUUAGUUCCACCUUUUUAGGUAGGCAUUUGUUAGGAGGCAAUUAUGAUUGCAUGUGCUUGACCUUGUUUAAGAUAUUGCUGAGAUACAGAGAGAGGACAUCUGCUGUGGGUAUCAGCAGCUUUUGCUGUUCUUCCCAAGUGUAAACAUUGCAGAGGUGGGUGGUGAUUGUGGUUGAUGAUUUCCCUUUGUCGUGUUCCUCUCGGCCAUUGAUCUGCUUUGCUCGGGUGGUUUGAUUUGCCGUGGAGGUGGCUGUGCGCGCUGCUGCUUCUGCUGAGCUCCCAAAGCCCUUCCAAAAGGUGCAGCGUUGUUUCCACUUUGCUCUCCUGAUUGAGCCGCGCUGCUGAAGAAACGUGAAACGGGUCUUUAUUUUGGUUUUAAACCCGAGGAUGGCUGUGGUGCCCUGCUGGAAGACGCAGCGUGUGCGGUGAUGAGCAGUGCUUGUGGCAUGAGGGGGUGUGGGCUCUGCCCAGGGGCCUUCAGGAGAGCACUGAACUCCUACAAAGGUGGUUGGGCUCUAAUGAAGGUGGUUGAGCUCCAAUGAAGGUGGCUGAGCUCUGAUGAAGGUGGCUGAGCUCUAAUGAAGGUGGUUGAGCUCUAAUGAAGGUGGUUGAGCUCUAAUGAAGAUGGUUGAGCCCUAAUAAAGGUGAUUGAGCUCUAACGAAGAUGGCUGAGCUCCAGUGAAGGUGGCUGAGCUCUGAUGAAGGUGGUUGAGCUCUAAUGAAGGUGACUGAGCUCCAGCAAAUGUCUUUGAGCUCCAACAGAAAUUGUUGAGCUUCAGUGCAGGUCUUUGAGCUCCUACAAAGGCGGUUGAGCCCCAGCAGAGGUCUUUGAGCUCCAGUAAUGACCAUGGAGCUCCAACAGAGGUCACGGAGCUUCAACAAAUUGCCCAGAAUGAUGAUUCCUUGUGCUCAUAGAUGUUUUUCCCCCUUUCUUGAGGUGUUUCUGACUCCUGGUGACCUGCUGAAGCCUGGCUGAGUGCUCAGCUGUCAGUCUGGGGAGUUGGGCUUAGCAUUCGGGUGGUGGUUGGCGUGCAUUGGGCUGCCUCUGUGUGUGAGGGUGCUUUCAAAUGGGGUUAAAAAUAAAACAAUCAGGUUCUUACAUCUGAGAGAUGUGUGCCUUGCUGGUGUGCUGCUCCUGAAAAGAGGAAUGUGGUUUUCACACUAAACCUUUCUUAGGUGGUUAACAAAUGGCUCAGUUUUAGUGAACGCAGACGUUCCGCAGCUGACUUCCAAAUAGUUGAGCUGUUUUCAGAAGGAGAGCUAUCCAUCCUCCUGCUGGAAGCUGAUUCCUGGGAUAUUUAAAGGGGCUUUGAAGAGUUCAGAAGCAGCACCCGCUCAUCUUCCAUGUGCUCAUCUCUGGUCCCUGGCUCACUGGAAGUCUCCGCUCCCGUCGUGCUCCGCAGUUGGAAUCCUUGACAUAGGCUGUGCUGUGACCUCUGCUCUGCAGGAAGUGACUCUUUACUCCCACUCUCUUGGUUAUCACUUACCCAGUUGUUCCUCCCUUUGGGACAGUCCCUGUGCCAAUAUGGCCUUAUGGUUUCCUGGCAAGGAGCCUUUGAGAGACAGCAGCAAGUCUUGUAAAAGGCAGCAGUCUGAGCUGCUGCUGUGCGCUGAAAGUCCCCGUGCAGAAUCCUGUCUGACUUUUUCUCCUGCAAAAAGUGCUGCCUGAUGAUUCUACCCUAUAUUUUCACGCAAUUUCAUUUGUCCUGUAUGAGUGUUGGGUUUGGAGAUGUAGAAUUUGUUGGUUUGCUUUGGGACUGUUGUCUUGAGGAGUCCCUCGAGGAGUGAGCAUGUGCCUUUUUCUUGCUCUGUGAGUACAGAGAUGGGGAAAUGGCUUUGUUUUUCCAUGUCUCACUGUUCUCUCUUCUAGCAGCACCGAGCAGUCAGCCUGUUGGUGGGGCUUUCUGGGUAUUUCUUGAGGCCUCUGAAGCAGCAGAGUAGCAGUGGGGUGGGUGCAGGGAUGCCUUGCUAAGGGAAUCGUUGGGGUUGCCUUGUUCUGUGGUCAGCCCAUGUUUUCCUGAGUGAAUGAGCUGUGGUCCAGCAUGCGCUGCUUAGCAUCCUUUGUGCUCAGAGUGUUUUGGAAAGCAGAAUUUUGUUUGCCUCUCCACGAGGACACGGUUGGGCCACCUGUGAGCUCCAGCUGGGAGAGGGGUGCAACGUGAGCAAGAAGUUCUGUAACUUAAUGAGGCUGUGUGAAGACAUGCAGCCUUUCAGUACCUAAAGGGAGCCUAAAAACUGGAGGGGAGUCAACUCUUGGAAAGGGUAGAUAGCAGCACGACAAGGGGAAAUGGCUUUAAGUUGAGGGAGGGCAGAUGGAGGUUGGAUGUCAGGGGAAGUUCUGUGCUGUGAGAGCGGUGAGGGGCUGGAACAGCUGCCCAGAGAGGCUGUGAUGCCCCGUCCAUCCCUGGAGGUGUUGAAGGCUGGGUUGGAUGGGGCCCUGGGCAGCCUGGGCUGCCGUGAAAUAUGGCAGGGGGUUGGAGCUCCGUGAUCAUUGAGGUCCCUUUCAACCCGGGCCAUUCUGUGAUUCUGUGCCCAUACUCCUCAAGUACUGAAAGCCUGGAGAUAAGAAACUGGGGGAAGUUUAGCAUUGCUGCGUGUUCUAUCAGUAGAAGUCAGCUUGCUUUUUCCCUUCUGCCAUAAUCCAGUGCUGGUGAAUGAGGUGUUACCCACCCAGCGUCUCCAGCUCGGCUCUGCGAGAGCCAUCCGACUUACAGGAGCAGACAGCACUGCUCUCUUUGGGCUUCUCUCUUUUCUCCUGAAAUGGCCGUGAGAGUGAUAUCUGGGUCAGCUGCCUCCAGCGUGUCACUUUCUUUUGACACUCAUGGCUGUGAGCGUGCCGGAGGAGCACGGUGGGAAGCGCCGCAGUGGGAUCAGGAGUCGUUAAAGGGGUGCUGUGCUGAUCUGCAUCCCUUCGGGGGAAUCUCCCUGAUGGCUGCUCAGACCUGCUUUCCUUCUGAUCUCAGCACUGUGUCCCGGCUCUCGGCGUGGGAGCCCCCAUCCGUCCUCAGGGCUGCUUUCAGGUAUGGGGACAUCAGUGGGACACCGUGCUGCGAUGCGCGUCCUGAGCGUGCCUGCUGGGCUGCCAUCCAGCACGGGGUGGAAGGGGCACCGUGCUGCUCGCCUGUAUAUUUCCAGACCCUGUAACACAUCCCCCCCAUCGUUGUGUUCAUUCUUACAGGAAAAGUAGUUCUGCUGCUUGAGUCCCAGCCUCCUCUGUGUGGCACCCAGUGAUGGGUUGGCACCCAGCGGGCACUGAAACACAGCAGUCCUGCUUGAAGAUGUUGGAACAGGGUGUCUAGAGAGCUUGUGGAUUCUUGGAGGAAAUCCAACUGGGCAGAGUCCUGCCGAGCUGCACUGGUUGGUAGCAGUGGGCUGGAUCUGCCUGCCUGGCCCUUGCCAGACCUGUGGGUUUGGUGGCUGCACUUGGUGGCUCCUCUCUGUCCCAAAAAUGGAGCAGUGGGGUAUGUCUGUGUUUGGAGCCAGAGCUUGGGAGCCUGCCCUGGAACUCUGUCAGAGUUGUGGUAUGAAAUCAGGAGGUUGAAUUUGUAGUGUCAACUGCCUGAUGGCAAAACGUUGUACAUUUUGGGGGUAACGUGCAUUGGUACAAGAAGAACUGGGGGCUGAGCAUCUUUGUAAGUAAAUUAGUUGAAUGGGUGAUUCUGUGUUGGUGUCUGCUCGAUGCUGGGCUUGUGGGCACGCUCAUCUCGGGAGCUUUGUGUCCUGUGUUGCUCCAUCACGAGGUGUCCAGGUGGGAGCAGCUGCUGGAGAGCACUCUGGGUAUUUGGAAAGCAGAGCUGAGUGUUUCUGGUCACAGAAUCAUUAAGGUUGGACAGGACCUCUAGGAUCAUCCUGUCCAACUGUAAUCAUCUUGCAGAAACCCAAUGGAAUCCAUGUUGAGAGGAAUAAGGGGAACUAAGAGCUUGAUCAGAAAUAUUCUGUGGCCCUGAAUCUGUACUGAAACUGUGCUCACUCAGUGGGUUUGUCAUUGGGGUUGGCAGCAGUGGUCAUUUUGAGGAUCUGCUGCUGAUCUGUGGAUGCCAUAAGGCAGUGCUGUUUGCUGGCAGUCCGAGAGCUGGGUGUUGGUUGCAGACCUUCAUGUUUGGCUGUUUGUUCUUGACGGAUUUGAGGUUCAGAUUCGAUCUUAUUGCACGAAGGCGUUGUUGCCCUUUUCAUCCCCUGCCCCGUUACUCUUUACUUUCAAGUCAUGGAGAGGCAGAUGAGCAGCUCACGUGGCAAGCUGCAGGCCCAGCUUUGGGUUAUGCUGUGGCUCGUUGCCCCCAGGACCAGCUGUUCCAUCUCACAGGCUGUCAGAUAACACCCUGCCUUCUCGUGAAAUCUGCUGACCAGCUUGUUUUCUCCAUUAUUACAUUUCACAUCAUCGGAAUGCCAGCAUCACCUGGGGCUGCUGAACUUCCUUGCUAUCUCGGGUCUGUAGGAUCCCAGAACCCCACAGAGCCGACAGCUCACCUCCACCGCCCUGGAAAUACCUCUUCCUGGAGCUCCCCGUUGCUGUAGGUGAAGUGAAUGCCAGUUUGGCCAGCACAACACAUCUCCCAAUUCCAUUUGAGUUGUGUCACUGCGGGGGAGCGAUGCUAAAACUGUCACUUGGCUUUCCAUGCUGGCAUUACUGGGGGGCACUCGGAGGCUCUUGGGGGUUCGGCUCUUAUCUGCGAGCUCCAGCUCAUCUCUGAGCUGAAUGCUUGGUGGGUACACGCGUGUUGGCUUUCCAAAAGAUGCGUGUUUGACAUCUUUAUUUUUUUGACAGCACAAGAAUCUGAUUAUUUCUCCACCUCUCUUCAGCCUGCUGUUCUAUUCUGCCCAGAUCUGUGGUUCCAUCAUCCGAGGUGCUGUGCUGGUGAUGGGUUUGGCCAUCGCUUUCUUCCUUCUCGAGUAGUAAAAAUUGAGUGAAUGUAAAUGAGAUUUGAAUGAAUUAUGCUAGUUAUGCAUUCAUCCUAAUUCAAAUCCUAUCUUAAUUAGCCCGGGGGCCUAAUUUGACUUUCACGCAGCAUGAAACCACUUUGGAUUAUCACUGGAAUUGCCAUGCAUUUAUUCUGGACUUUUUUUUCCAAUCAGCGCGCAUCUUUUUACACUGCUUAAAAACAAAGCAAAACUAAUAUAUCAUUAAUAAAUUAAUCAGAUUUAAUUAGGGCGGCACAGGAGGGUAUAUUUUAAGGGGAAAAAUGCUGUAAAUCCAUUCCCUGUGCCGAGUGCUUCUGCGCCGAGCGUGGGGAUGAGCUCAUGACACAGACACAGAGUGAGGCUCUCUCUCGGAUGCACUUUCUGCCAUAUCUUAAACGAGCUGGAAUUGCUGACGUUCUGCCUUUUUCAGAUGUGUGUCAGCAUCCAUCGGCUUCUCCUUCAAACGGUGGAAGAUUAUUGAGUUAAAUAUUGCCGGGCCGGCAGAUCUGGGAGGCACUCAGUGGACGUGGGCUGAAGGCUGCUGCCGUGUGUCUGGUCCUGCAGCACAUCUGCGAAGGCAGAGCUGCUCUCUAGCUCAGAAACUGAAGGAUACAACCGUGUGAAAUUCAGAACUCUGCGUAUGAUUCCUUCUUUCCUUCUAAUUAGAUUGAGAUGGACGUUUCCAGCGGGACAGCGGGUUAAUGAGAGGUCGUUCCAUUGAGCCCAAAGGUUUCCUUACAGACAGAAGGUGCUGCUGGUGUGUUUUCCCAUAUUUGUAUCCGCAGCUUUCCUCUGGACUGGGGCUAAAUAUAGAAUAAGUGACGUUUUCUUGCCAGGGAGAAGCAGAGCUGCUCAGCAGCUUCAAAUCUGAGCAUUGAGAGCCUCCUAAUCAACGCACGCCGUUAACGCACAGCUGAUAAGCCUUGUGCUGUGAAGGCUGUGUUAAUCUGAGUGUCAAGUCUGCGCUGUCAGCAUCUGUAGGCAUCUUCCCCUUUCUUCAGAUGGACUCGAGGCUGACGCGUUCGCUCUCUGACGUCCUGCCACUUGUGAAGGAUGCACACACCGGCACGGCGUGCCGUCUUGCUAACGAGGAGGUAAAAUAAUUUGACCACCAUGAGUUGGAGCUUUCUGACCCGUCUCUUAGAGGAGAUCCACAACCACUCCACCUUCGUUGGCAAAAUCUGGCUGUCGGUGCUGAUCGUGUUUCGGAUCGUCCUGACCGCCGUGGGAGGCGAAUCCAUUUAUUACGAUGAGCAAAGCAAGUUUGUGUGCAACACGGAGCAGCCCGGCUGCGAGAACGUCUGUUACGACGCUUUUGCUCCUCUUUCUCACGUGAGGUUUUGGGUGUUCCAGAUCAUCCUCGUCGCCACUCCGUCCGUCAUGUAUUUGGGCUACGCCAUCCACAAGAUCGCCCGCAUGGUGGAGCACAGUGAUGUUGACAGAAGGUUCAGGAGCAAAAGCUUUUCGACGCGCUGGAAACAGCACCGAGGCUUGGAGGAGGCCGAGGACGACCACGAGGAGGACCCGAUGAUGUACCCAGAAAUAGAGCUGGAAAGCGAACGGGAGAACAAGGAGCAGCAGCCCCCUGCCAAAGCCAAGCACGACGGGCGGCGGCGGAUCCGCGAGGACGGGCUGAUGAGGAUCUACGUGCUGCAGCUGCUGGUGAGGGCGACGUUUGAGGUCGGCUUUCUGGUCGGUCAGUACCUCCUGUAUGGCUUUGAGGUCAGCCCCGUGUUCGUGUGCAGCAGGAAGCCCUGCCCCCAUAAGAUAGAUUGCUUCAUUUCAAGGCCGACCGAAAAGACCAUCUUCCUGCUCAUAAUGUACGGGGUGAGCUGCAUGUGUUUGCUGUUGAACGUGUGGGAGAUGCUGCACUUGGGGUUUGGCACCAUCCGGGACACGUUGAACAGCAAGAGGAAAGAGCUGGAGGACUCUGGGACCUACAACUACCCCUUCACCUGGAACACACCCUCUGCUCCCCCCGGCUACAACAUCGCCGUCAAACCCGACCAAAUGCAGUACACCGAGCUGUCCAACGCCAAGAUGGCCUACAGGCAGAACAAAGCCAACAUCGCCCAGGAGCAGCAGUACGGCAGCAACGAGGAGAACAUCCCCGCCGACCUGGAAAACCUGCAGAGGGAAAUCAAAGUGGCUCAGGAACGCCUGGACAUGGCCAUCCAGGCGUACAACAACCAAAACAACCCCAGCAGCAGCUCCAGAGAGAAGAAGUCCAAAGCAGGCUCCAACAAAAGCAGCGCCAGCAGCAAAUCGGGGGACGGGAAGAACUCUGUCUGGAUUUGACCUUGGCUGAGUUUAUAUGUUGUCUUUUUCUCACAACCAGCAGCCCGUUGAGUAAUGGCUUCCAUUAAGUAAAUAUUUGGUUCUGCUUAUUUUCAGGGAUGCUGUUGGCUAGCGAUUCCAGCUCCAAGAAAGUGUUUAUAUGCGCACUGUAGGACUGUACAACUUUAUUCUUCUGCCUUCCAAGCCAGGAGACAAAUAGGUAUAUUUAAAUCAUUCUCAUUGAAGGGUUUACGCUGUAUGUACAGUAUUAUCGUACAUUUAUUAUGCACAAUUUUUGUAUUUGUACACUGGAUCUCCGAAGUUACCCUUUUUUAUACGAAAGGAGAAAACUGUAGGUAGCUGUCAGCAUUUUGCUCCUUUUAUUACUGUGGUUCGUCGUCGUUUUCUGUUUGUUUUCAGUGUCAGAACUUUCAAUGCUGCAUUUGAGAAGUGCCUUGAACACACAGCACCAGGGAGCCAGAUCUGCUCCCUUAGAGCAGGGGGGGGUCGGAAACGUCUGCUGAUGGUGCUCUUGACUGUACCUUCUAUAAAAAUGAUGUGCUACCUACAAA